GAGCAGCCGGUGGCGGAGUUGAGAGGCCUGGUGGGCCUGGGCCAGAGAGACCCCAGUGGCAUGAGGAGGCAGGAGGCGCUGGUGGGGACGGCAGGGACCGCAGCGGAGGCGGGCCGCGAAGGGGAGCAGCCUAGGCCCCCAGGGCUGGGUCGUACUGGCGGCCCCCAAGAGCCCCGCCAACCAUGGAAGACAUUUUUAUACUGCGAGCCCCAUAAGAGAAUCAAGGAGGUUUUGGAAGAAGAACUUUCCAUCAAGAGGGAUGAGUGCCACGUGAAAAGCCCACCUGCAGUGGCCCUGGAUGGAAUUUGGAGCAUCAAGAGGAACCUGCCUGUGGGAGGCAUGAUGCCAGGACAGCAGAGCAGAAACAGUUCACUCCCCCAAGCCAAGUACUACUCGAGGCACGGAGGGCUGAGAAGAUAAGAUGGACACAUCCCUCCACGGAGAUGGACCUGGCAUUCUCCUAAUAUCCAAAGACAGAAGAAUCUCGAGCUUGUUUAUCAAUUUAAGAUGUAUGGAAAAAAGUUUCUUACUCUGUAAUACCAAUAUAUAAAUCAGUCCAAAGCCAUAAAAUACUAUUGGGAAAAUGUGCUAAGAAAAAUA